AUGAAAUCUUCUGUGACCUUAGAGGAUGGAACAGAAAACUCCGUGUGGAACCCAAUUGAUCUCAUCAUCGAGAUACUCUUGAGGUUACCGGUGAAUUCUAUAGCGAGAUGUCGUUGCGUAUCGAAGCUCUGGGCCACCAUACUUAGUCGUACAGAUUUCACCGAGUUGUUCUUGACUAGAUCUUUGGCUCGCCCGAAGCUACUGUUCGCCUGCAGAAGGGUUUGCUUUGAUGUUAGGUCUGAAGAAUUCAGAUUUAUUAAUAAACCUGCGUAUGAUGGAACUCUAAUAAACUACAAUGGGAAACUAGGUUUGUUUUCGCUUGGAAACGCCAUUUCUUGUGACCGAAUUAGAAAUAUGGAAUUGUGGGUUCUAGAAGAUGCCGGAAAGCAAGAAUGGUCGAAGCAUACAUAUCUAUUACCUGCCAUGUGGCAGAAUAUAGUGGGAAACACCAAUCUACGCUUUGUUGGAAUGACGCUGACAAAGGAAUUUGUGUUCCAGUCGAUGAGAGGUUGUACGCCUUUCUAUCUUGUCUACUACAAUAUCGAGAGAAACACAGUCAAAAAGGUUGAAUUGCAAGGAAUGGAAAUGAGUAAUAACAUUCACACCUUUGUAGACCAUGUCGAGAAUGUGACGCUUAUGCAAAUCAUUUAA